AGAAUGUUGCGCCUGUUGAGUAAACGUCUUUAUUGCAAAAUUGCAACAAAAGCGAAUGAAAAGGCCAUUAAAUUGGACUUUAAGCAGCUGACGCAUCCCACCAAGGUGCCGCAGACGCCGGUGGCCACGGACUUUCGCGACACCAGCUCCUCCGAAAUCCAGAUCGAUACGAAAACCAUACAAUUGCUGGAGCGGCUGUCUCUGGUGGAUUUGGACAGCGAAAGGGCAUUGGAAACCCUGAAGAGCAGCAUUCAGUUUGCGGACAAGAUAGCGCACAUCGACACGGAGCACGUGCGUCCACUGUACACGGUGCUGGAGCUUCAGCAGCUCCAGUUACGCAACGACCAGGUGACCGAGGGCGAUUGCCGGGCGGAGGUGCUCCGCAACGCCAAGGUGACGGACGAGGACUACUACGUCUCGCCGCCGGGCAACAUUCCGCUGGAGCAAUGA